UAGUUAAUAUAGAAUAUUGGAUAAAUGACUACAUAGUAGUAUACAGUAUUUACUUCUUACAACAGUUUAUCAUUUCUAAUUGAUGAUAAUUUUCUAAAUAUUUUUUUUAUUUUUUUUAACAAGAUAUUAAGUAACACAAAAAUUCAAAAUUAAAUAAUAAGUGCUAAAAACAAUUGAUUACUUAUUCAUGAUGGAUAGUACGAAAUCACCUAUGGAUAACCUCUUUAACAUGUUAUCAAGCUUUAGUGCAGGUCAUGAAAAAGCAUUAAAACAAGGCAUUUAUAAUGCCGUGGCAUUGUUUCUCUUGUGUCUAAUUUCAGCAGCUGGGUACGGAUUAUAUAUUAUAUUGAAACCAUUUGUAAAACCUUUAAUCUGGGCUUUAUUAUGUGGCUCUGUUUUAUUCCCUUUCAAAUGCUCGUUAACUACGAUUGUACAAUCGUGGUUUGAAAAAGCAGAAGUAUCUCAUACGCCUUUAAUAAUAAAUUUAAUAGUUUUACCUAUGCAAAUAGUAGAUAAAGCUUCUGACAGUUUAGGAUCAUUUUUGUGGAAACAAAUGAAAUAUAUUGCUAGUGCAUUUUUAUUGACAGCAUUAGCCUUAGGUAUAUAUCAUUAUACACCUACUAUAUUAAGUUGUCUCAUAUGGAGAAUAUGUUUGAUAUUUAAUACUAUUUUUGGAUUUUUUAUAACAACUUGCAAUACUUUUAUGAUUACAUUUAUACUUAUUGGAUAUUUAUCUAUAUUAUAUAUUUAUUGGACACCAAAUAAUUCUAUUCAUUUUCGUUAUUCAUCGUUUGUUAUGUGGUUUAUAAUUAGUUUAUAUGUUUCUAAUAUAUUAGGUGCUUAUCAAAUUAUUGUAUUUAUAACAUUACAAAUACUAUAUUUAAUAGGAUUUAUUUAUGAAGUAGUACUUAUUAUGGAAAAUCAAGAAUUAGAAGACAAGCAUAUGACAUUUAUGGAAGCAAUAUCUUUUGCAUUAACGAAUAAUUUAACUACAGAUAUGCAACAAAAUUCAUUUUCUUCAUCUUUUAAAAAUGAAAAACUUAUAAAAGAUAUUAAUGAAGAAAAUAUAGAUAACAAGACAAAUAUAGACAAGAAGAUUGAAUACCAAGAAACAAAAACAAAAUUUUCCAAAAAAUCAAUGUCAUUGGAUACAAAUAAUAGAACUGUAAUGAGCCAUAAAUUGCAAUCUUCUAACUCUAUGUCAUUACGCGAUCGUUAUUUGUUAAGAAGAUUAAAAACAGAAUUACGAAUAUCUAUAGAUAUAGAAAAUGAUAAAGUUGAUACUGAUAAAUAUAUGUAUGGUACAUUAUAUGCUUGCAUAGGUAUGCUUUUUUGGAAACAUAGAUGGAUGAUAUAUAUAUUGAUUAUUCCUAUAGCUUUUUAUAUCAUUAAACAACUUGGUAGUUAUUUUGGAUUAUGGAAAAUGAUUGAAAAUCAAUAUAAUAUUAUAAAACAAAUUAUAAAAACAUGGUGUAUAAAAAGACAUCAAGCUCUCUUACCAGCUAAUAUUAGAGGUUUAUAUAAAUUUGGAAUCAUAAUUGAUGAAAAAUUAACAAAAAUUUUAAAAGCUUCAGUUGAUUCUGUAGUAACAAUUGCUGUGAUUUUUGGAUUACUUAUUUUUACUACUUGUACUUCUAUUUUUAUAACAAUACAGGUUUAUACAGAAGGUAUGCAUCUUAUUCACAUUACUGGAGAAAUACUUAACUCAUCUUUAAUGAAUAAUCCAGAUAUUGAUUGGUUACCUGAACACUGGGAAGAUUCAGUUAAUAGUGUAUUGGAUAAUGCUUAUACAUAUGGGCGAAGUGCUAUUUCUGAUGGAAUAAAAGGUUUAGUAAGAGAUCUAGAUGCUACUAAAGCUGAUCAAAUGGAAAAGAAAGUUUUAGAACUUUGGGAUAGACUUUAUCAAGCAUGGAUGAUGUCUAAUGCAGACUCUGAUUUAAUUGGACCUACUGUAGAUGUUACAGUAGCUUAUUCAGUAUGGGAAAGUUUUAAAGAAAGUUUUGGAAAAACACCUUUACAAUUAUUUAACAUGACUGGUAUACAAAACUUUAUAAAGGAAAAUAUUGGAACUUUUAUGUCAGUAUUGGAUUCCAUUUGGAAUAUAGUUAAAGGAAAUAUGUCUGUGAUAUUAACAAUUUUUACAGAACUAUUUUACAUUAUACUUAUGAGUGGAACGGCAGUAUUUAACUUUGUUCUAAAUAUAUAUAUAUAUAUAAUUUGAUAUAUAUAUAUAUAUAUCAAAUUAUAUAAAAAUAGAUAUAAAUAUCUAAUGUUUUGUAGAUUUGCUGUAGCAUUACAAGAAGCUGUAAUUGGAGUUUUUACUGCAACAUUUAAGCUUGCUUGUUUUUUUGGCAUGUGGACAUGGUUUACACAUAAUUUGUUUCAAGUAAAAAUAAUUUAUUUACCAUCAACUUUUGCAACAAUACUUGGAGCUGUUCCAUUUUUGGAUGCAUAUUUUGCUUGUAUCCCAGCUACUAUAGAACUCUGGUUUAAUCGAGGAUCUAUGAUUGCUAUUCUAUUUUUCAUGUUUCAUUUUCUUCCUUGUAAUAUUGUUGUAACUGAAUUCUACAAGGAAAUUAAAGGUGGUGGACAUCCUUAUCUUACAGGUCUUUCCAUAGCAGGUGGAAUUUUUUGUUUAGGUGUAGAAGGUGUAAUUUUUGGUCCAUUAUUAUUAUGUUGUAUAAUGGUAGCAAUUAAUCUAAGUCGCCGUUAUUUGCAUUCACCAUCAGAAGAAGUUAUAUCGUAUGCAGAAAUUAAACAUUGAUAAAAAAAUUUCUAAUUGAUUGUUAAAUAGUA